AUGGAUUUUACUCGACGUCAAAUCGAUAUUUUACUUACUGGCGAUGUUCAACUCGAUGUUGAUGAUAAUUUUAAUAGUAUUAUCAUACAAACUUUACAAUUUAGGUUUCUUAACCAAUCGAUUCGACAUUUUGUCGAAUAUUUGUGUGCUGCCGAAGAUGAUUGUGAUUGGUUAUAUGCAAAACAAAAAGUUCCACCUCUUUUAAACAUCGAUUAUAGACCACUUUAUAAAGCUUUAGAACCAUUAUUGUACGACUCAACAUCAAGUACGCAUGUUGCGAAAUGCUAUCAAAAUGAUAUGCUCAUUGAUUGUCUAGAAGGCAUGUGCUCAUAUUUACCAUUAGAUACAUCUGGUACUCCAUCGAUCAGUCGUUCUUGUUUACGAUAUAAUCAGUCUGAACUUGGUAUUGCUAUUGAACGACGACGAAUCGAUCCAGGUCCAUCGACAUACGAUUUGGACGUGUUCGAAUUUCGAUGCAAUAAAGAUCAAUGCAAUGGACCGACAAAUGAAAAUGAUCUUAAACGUGUAGUUCAAUCAAAUAAUGAUUGGAUAAUUCAAACUGAAAACGAUUCUUCAUCUUUAAAAAUGGCCUACAACUAUAUUGCUACUUUCUUAGAUCCAACGACAUAUCAGUUUUUAAAUGACGGAAAGCUACGGAAAGCUGAGCGUUUAAUUUUAACAGAAUAUGAUAGUUAUCAAUCUUUGGAAAGAUUGGAAAACGAUACUUUGACAACAACUGACGUAGUAUCUUCAUCAACAUCAUCACGACAUUCAAUAACAACAUUUCAAGAAAUAUUUCUCUUGAAUUAA